AUGGCUUGGUUGGUCAUUCUACUCUUCUGUCUGGGACAGAUUGGAGCCCAGUUCCCGGAUAUCUCCGCUCGAAACAAACCCGAGCUUCAAGAAAGAUUGCUUAAGCUUUUUGUAAAAGUGCGCCAGGAAGAGUUCUUUGACACCCUGCUUGUCUAUGGCGAGGAUUGUGUUUUCCAUUUGAUAUCCAAGCUCUUGAAUGUCUCCACAGUGCUGGUUUCUUCUGGGAGCACCAGCUAUGAUUGGAACUUCAGCAGUCUAACCCUGAUACUUAGCUGUGAUCCCGAAGCAGAAAAAGAGGUCACCAAUCGUACUCUUAUGAAGCUGCAAAGAAACAGGCGACUGAUCUACCUUCAAGGAAACAUCCAACCAGAGUCCGUGUGUAAUAGCUAUUCGCAAAAGGAACAAUUUAAUGUGGCCAUGGUGGGACCGGACUUCGAUACCUCAAAAUAUAUAUACGCCUGUCGCUACUUUCCAGAUCCCAAGAUAGAACAAGUACAUUUAUCGGACAUGAAACCCAUUUAUAUUGAACACUUUCGAAAUAUGCACGGAGCACCUAUAAAGACAAUCACAGAUCUAUUAGCUCCUCGGUCAAUGCUAUAUAUAGAUGAAAAAUCUGGUGAAACUAAGUUGAAGGGCUAUGUGUCUAAUUUAAUAAACAAUUUUGUAGAGAAGGUAAAUGCCACCAUGAAAUUUGAGCUCCUAGAAAAAAAUAUUAGCAUAAGGAAUAUUUUAAAAAAAGUGCAAGCAGAUCAGAUUGACAUUGGCACUACAUUAGAGACGUGUAUACAUGAAACACCCCUUGAUACAGCCAGUUAUCCGUUGCUUUUGACUACCUACUGUCUAAUGGUUCAGGUUCCAGCCAAGCUGCCAUAUAAUAUGGUAUAUGCCAUGAUAGUGGAUCGCUUAGUCCUGGUCAUUAUCUUUGUGAUGUUUUGUAUGCUCUCCAUGCUCCUGGUUUAUAGUGAAAAUAUGUCAUGGCGAGCUUGGAAGCUUUCUAAUAUACUUCUAAAUGAUAUUACAAUGCGAGGGCUCUUGGGUCAAUCACAUCCGUUUCCUUUAAAUGCCAGCAAAUCCCUAAGGAUAAUCUUUGUGAUCUUGUGCUUCGCCAGCAUCAUGAUGACCACCAUGUAUGACGCCUACCUGCAAUCAUACUUCACAGAUCCCCCAUUCGGACCUCACAUUCACUCAUUCAAGGACUUUGGAAAAUUUAACCAAAAGAUUGCCAUCUCAACAAUUGAGGUAAUUGCGCUGACCAACACCAACAACACACCAUUUCGCGAAAUUCCCAAAGAUGACCUACGAAUCUUUGAGGAUUGGAGGGUUUACAUUCAACUACGUGACUCGUUCAACCUAAACUAUAGCUAUCUAGUUACGGGAGAUCGUUGGAGCUCAUUUGCGGAGCAGCAGAAAGCCUUCAAGGAGCCACUCUUCUACAUCGCGAAGGACCUCUGCUUUUCGCGACUACUCUUUUUGUCGAUUCCCCUGCGCAGACACCUGCCAUAUCGACAUCUCUUCGAGGAGCACAUGAUGCGGCAGCACGAGUUCGGAUUGGUGAACUACUGGAAGAGCCACAGUUUCUUCGACAUGGUCAAACUGGGCCUAGUACCUCUCGAAGACCUUAGUCAACCCAAAGCGUACGAUGACAGUCUGUUAAUGGAAGAUAUCUCGUCGAUACUAAAACUUUAUCUGGCAGCCAUUUCACUCAGCACUAUCUGUUUCUUGAUUGAAAUAGGUGCAGAUAAGUGGAGGCGCUGGCGUGAACUACGAAAUUAA